AUGAAGUCAAUAUUUUUUACUGUGACCUUAUUGGCGCUGUCAACAGCUACGCCCUCCUUUAAGGAUGAAUGGACAUCUUUCAAGAAACAACAUGGAAAAUCUUACAAAAGCCAAGCUGAAGAGAACCUUAGGUUGUCGGUUUUCAUGGACAAUAUGAAGUUCAUUGAAGAACACAAUGCCCGGUUCGAAGCUGGCAUGGAAACAUACUAUCUCAGGAUGAACAGUCUUGGAGACAUGCUCUCCGAAGAAGUCAGCUUUUUCCUGUUAGGUCUAAACGAAGACUACAGCGAUGGAAUUGAACAACCGAUGGAAUUUAUUCCUCCUGCUAACAUUGCUAUUCCUGAAUCAGUAGAUUGGAGGAAGAUAGGAGCAGUUACACCCGUCAAGUCCCAAGGGCAUUGUGGAUCAUGCUGGGCAUUCAGUGCUACCGGAUCUAUGGAAGGCCAGCUGUUCAGGAAAACUGGUAAACUUAUACCCCUCAGCGAACAACAACUGAUAGAUUGCGAUAGAGGUCUUGACAAUGGAUGUGGAGGAGGAUUAGCGUUUCACGCAUUCCGUUAUCUCAAGGAUAGAGGAUUGCAAAGUGAGGAUACGUAUCCGUACGAAGCUAAGGACAACAAAUGUAGGUUCAAUGAAAGGAAGGUAGUAAAUGGAACUAAAGUCAGAUCAUGGACCAUCAUAAGAAACGGCGAUCUUGACGCUCUCCAAAAAGCUGUGGCUACUGUAGGCCCGAUAUCAGUAUCUAUCAACACUAAGAGCAAAAGUUUUAGAUUCUACGGAGGAGGUAUUUUGACUGGCGAUGGAUGCGAUCCGUCGUCAGUGAACCACGCAGUGCUGUUGGUAGGCUACGGAUCCGAAAACGGAAAGGACUACUGGAUUGUCAAGAACUCCUGGAACACCUGGUGGGGAGAGAAGGGAUACAUAAGGUUCGAAAGGAACAGUAACAACACAUGUGGUAUAGCCACUCACCCCAGCUAUCCAUUAUUGUGA